CGCUCGAGGUGUGGCGGCCUCGGCCUCGCGGCGGGGCGGGAGCAACGGCCCUUCUCCUCCGUUUGGGGCUCGGAGGGCGACGGGGAGCGGACGAUGGAGCCCCUACCGAGUCCGGAGGAGCGACUGGUGGCCGAACUCCUCGGCCAGAGCCGGCAGUUUGGGGCGGAGAGCUUGGAGCCGGGCGGUGUCGCGGGGAUCCCGCCCGACGGGGACUUCCUCACCUUCCAAGACGCCUACCUGGGGCCGGUGGACCCCCCCGAAAUGCUCCUGCCUCCGUUCUACCCCGGCCACGGCGACGGCGACCUGCUCGACGACUACGCAAAUCUCCCCGAGCUGAGCUCCCUGGAGGAAGCGCUGUUCCCGUCCCUGUCCCCGCCGCGGGGCCACGCGCACUACGUCCAUUUUCUGUCGCCCGUGGCCCCGCAGCCGCCCAGCCUGCAGCCCUCGCCCCUCCGCUCCGCUCCUGUAGAAGGAGCCGCGCUCGGUUUCGGAGUUGACAUGAGAGACCCAGUUGAUAAUACUGGAAGAAACAGCCAGGAAGGAGCUGAUUUUCAGAAUCUAACUGUUCCAAGUGCCUGUGACAUGUUUCCAUCAUUUCAAGAGAUAGGGGAAAAUGCCAGCUGUUCGCACCAAAAUGAUCCCAACCCAAUGGUGCUCUGCCAGUUGAAAGGGGGGAUGCAGAUACUAUGUCUGAACAAUUCUGGCCCAGGAGAGCUAAGGACACUUCAUCUGAUCCCGCAGCACCAAGACCAAAAUGAUCUCCUGCAGUCAGAUGGAUCCCAACCUGUGACUACUUUAGUAGGAAGGUUUUUGCCAGUCCCAGCUAAUUUGAAUUUCAUUUCACAACAGCUUGAACAGGGAUCCUCAUCACCAGCAACUGAUGGAGCCACAUUUCUUUCAGAACCAAAUCUUCAAGGGCCGACAGGCGUAACAGUAGCUGGAGUAACUGUUAGUUCAUGGGACACAAAGUCUAAAAAGCCAUGUAACUGUACCAAAUCCCAGUGUCUGAAAUUGUACUGCGAUUGUUUUGCCAGUGGUGACUUUUGCAACAACUGCAACUGUAACAACUGUUAUAACAAUCAGAGUCACGAAGCCGAACGGUGUAAAGCCAUUAAGGCCUGUCUCAAUCGCAAUCCAGAAGCUUUCCAGCCCAAGAUUGGGAAAGGGAAAUUGGGAGAGGUUAAACCUCGACAUAACAAGGGGUGUAACUGCAAGCGGUCAGGCUGCCUGAAGAAUUACUGCGAAUGCUUCGAGGCUAAAAUUAUGUGUUCUUCUACCUGCAAAUGCAUCAGUUGCAAAAAUUAUGAAGAGAGCCCCCAACGAAGAAUCCUCUGGAACGGGCCCCACCCAGCGGUGCCUGGAAGUUUUGAAGGCGGCACUCUCCCUUUGCCCUCUGAGCCUGUGGCCCCCUCCGAACAGGGAACCAACAGGACCCCCCUGCCGCGCAUCUCCUGGGAAGCAGUCGAAGCCACCUGUGCUCGUCUCCUGGCCCGGGGGAAAGAGGCUGAGCAAGCACACUACCCCAAGUGUUUAGCAGAGCAGUUGAUCCUGGAGGAGUUUGGGAGGUGCGUGUCGCAGAUCUUCCAACAGUAACUGAGUCGCCGCAGGGCUCGGAGUGGGGUUUGCGGCCAAGGGGACAACGGGGAUCGGAGAACCGCGAACCAAAUAUUUGACAAGUUGAUAGUUUCACGUGACUCUCAGACAACACCUACCCCAACGGCAUCGGGACACAGUUUCCGCAGCGAAGUGCUGUGCCUGCAUUUCUGACCCUCGGGAUGCUCCGGCCUUCUCCUCCCAGACAGUCUUAGCAGAGAAAGGCUUUCCUCGACAGGGAGGAGUGCCACUUGUACUAUCUCAACACUGGGCCACCCUGACCUCCCCCACCCUCCCGACCUGGGGCUCCAUGGGAGGAUGGGCUCGGCCACUCUCCCUGCUUCUGCCCAGGCCCACUGGGAUGACGGCCAGCCAGCAGGACCGCUCAGGGAACGAAGCCCAGCUGGUGCUAUCUGUGGUUUGGUCGGCUGGCAGACCCGGAGGAUGCUCGGUCCCAGCUGGCAGUCGCGUGAUCAGGGCGAGCCUCCUGAGGCCGUGGCCCAGACCGCUGCUUUCUUCUCCUGCCCGCGGCUCCUCUGGCCAUGAAAAGGAAGGUGGGGAGGGGGUUGGCUACAUGGGUUCACAGGGUACAUGGCCGGAGCCAGUAAAUCUCUAGAGCUUCCAGUUUAGUUCAGGGACCUGGAAGAUUCCUAAUUCUAGUUAACGUGAUUUGACAAAAAUCACAUUUUCCAUUUCUGUUGUUCAUUGUUAUCGUUAAGAGUUCUUACUGUUUGGAGCACAUAGUUCGGGUCAUAAGAAAUGCAUUAGUAAAUAGGCGAGAGAAGUAAAUAAGGUUAGUUGGCCUCUUCUAGGUUCUGACUGAAAAAGAAUGUGAAAAUGGCUAAUACCCUCUGGUUGAAGCUACAACAUGUUCAGAAUUAAACUCGUCCCUGUUUUAUCCAAA